CCGGGGAGACCCUGAGCCCGGCCUCCGUCCCGACAGAGAGGCCCGGACGGGGCCGUUCCGGGGAUUUGGUCACUGCUGGAAUCCCCGCCAACUUUCCAGCCUCGCUUCUGCUACACCCUUUUUCAGCUGUUUCUCUUGCAGGGAGGUUGUGCCAGAAACCCACCCCAGAAAUCGUCGGGCUUAGAAGCGGCUGGGAGAGCCACUUGGUCUGUGUGUGUGUGUGUGUGUGUGUGUGUGUGUGUGUGUGUGUGUGUGAGUGAGCACGUCUGUGGGUGGUUGCAAGCAGGAGGGGCGAAGGUCUGUUCCCCCGACCAGAAAGUGGCCGGAACAUCUGGCCCUCCUGAGUCCUGCCAGUCCGAGAGAACAUCAGGGGAGAGGCAAAGCGGAGUCUGCUUGUCGUGAAUGAACACACACGCACCGCCGCACGCACCCACCCCAACACACGUGCCCUUGGAGGCCCGAAGCCGCUGGGAGCCAAGGUGUGGCGGCGGGAGGGGGCGGCCGCCCGCCACCGGCUGAGGAACGGGACUCUCACGCCGCCCCUCCGGGCGCAGAUGCCGCUCUGAAGAAUCCCCCGGGCCAACCGGGCCGAGGAGCCAGCGGGAGGGGUCCUCUCUUCUCCCCAAGAACCAGGCAGGAGGUGAAGUUCCCUCACAGGAAGUCGGUGUGAAGUUGGGUUUGUUUUCAGAAGCAGGGCUGACUCGCCUGGUGUCUGGGACUGAAUGCCCUUCGAACUGUCGUCGGGACGUCGUCGACUGAGCGGAAAAGUUACAGCCGCGGGGUCACUACAGGAAACUGAGUCAGCGGAAAAUGGCUACCGAAGAUUACAACCACAGCUACAAUUACAAUUAUAAUUACGACCCGGAAGAAGACUCCUUACAGGAAGUGACCGAAGAGGCGUCCCCCGGCCACCUCGGCGUGGCCGGCAUCCUUUCGGUGGUGAUCUACAGCGCGGUCUGCUUGCUUGGGAUUCUGGGGAAUGGGCUGGUGAUCGUCAUCACGGCAUUCAAGAUGAAGAAGUCGGUCAACACCGUCUGGUUCCUCAACCUGGCCGUGGCCGACUUCCUGUUCAACAUCUUCCUGCCCCUGUACAUCGUCUACACGGCCAUGAACCACGACUGGAUCUUCGGCACGGCCAUGUGCAAGGUCAACUCCUUCCUCCUCAUCCACAACAUGUACACCAGCGUGUUCCUGCUCACGACCAUCAGCUUCGACCGCUGCAUCUCCGUCGUCUGCCCCGUCUGGUCUCAGAACCACCGGAACGUCCGGCUGGCCUACGGGGCCUGCGCGGUCAUCUGGGUCCUGGCCUUCUUCCUCAGCUCGCCGUCCCUGGUCUUCCGGGACACGGCCCCGGCCAAGGGCCGGACCACCUGUUUCAACAACUUCACCCUCUCCGACCCCCUCCUCGAGGACCGGGCCAGCAGGGAGGCGGGCGAGCGGAGGCACGUGGCGGUCAACGUGACCCGUUUCCUCGGGGGCUUCGUCCUCCCGUUCAUCGUCAUCACGGCCUGCUACCUGGUCAUCGUCAGCAAGCUGAAGCGCAACCGGAUGGCCAAAUCCAAGAAGCCGUUCAGGAUCAUCGUCACCAUCAUCGUCACCUUCUUUCUCUGCUGGAGCCCCUACCACGCCCUGGGCCUCCUGGAGCUCUUCUACCACGUGGUCCCCCACGCCGUCUUCAAGCUGGGGGUGCCCCUGGCCACCGCCCUGGCCGUGGCCAACAGCUGCAUGAACCCCAUCCUCUACGUCUUCAUGGGCCAAGACUUCAAGAAAUUCCAGGUGGCCAUCUUCUCUCGACUGGUCAACGCUCUGAGCGAGGAGACCGCCCAUUCCUCUUACCUCAGCCACAGGGGAGUCACGAAGAUGUCGUCCAUGAACGAACGGUCCGUGGCCAACGACAGGGAGACCAGCAUGCUCUGAGUCCGGUCCGGCCCCUUGGUCCCAAGCGGGUCGUCGUAUAGGAGACCCGAUUGGAGUUUCUCAGAAGGGCCCCUGGGCUUUGGGUGCCCGGGGUGGCUGGUCUCCGGCCGGGGAAUGUUUGACUCCGGUGGGGCCCGGAGGGUGGUGGUCCCCGGUGGCCCAGGGAGAACUCUGCCCUCCUACCUCCCACCUUUCCUCUGGGCCGGACAGGAGCCGACGGGAGGGUCACUCCGCUGAGCCCUCUGGACCGACGCCCCUUUUCUGCCUCCUCAUAUCCAGGUUCUGCUCUCUGAAUGGAGCUGUCAGUCCAUCGAUCAGUCAGUGCUAGCCACUGGACACUGAUUGUGUGUAGAACACUGGAGUAAGCACUCGGGAGAAUACCGAACAACCAAGUGGGUAACCUCGAUCCCUGCCCCCCAGGGGCUUGAAGUCCGCUUCCCCCCAGGAACUCAGAGACAAACCACCCAUGGGUCCAGGCAGGACUGUCUCAGAGCAGACUCCGAAUAAUCCUGCCCCGGUCCGGCUUGCUUUCAGUCGACGACAUUUACUGAGCGCUUACUGUGUGCACAGCACUCUGCUGAGCGCUUGACCUUUGGAGGUGCUGGGGGCCUGUCUGGAGUGUGCCCCAUCCCUGCUAUUUCUGGGCGCUCCUUGAGGUCGGCCCCAAAACUCUUCCAACUUCCCCUCUGCGGGUUCCCAGGACCCUAGGCCAACCCGGACCCUAGGAGGCUCCGGGGUAGUGCCAUCCGUUUUUCUUUUUCAUGCCGGGGGGUGUCGGGCUCUGGGCUCUCUUAGUUAAGGAGCUGAGAGAGAGGCUGAGCCCUCCACGGAGUCCCCAGUCUAACUGCAUCAUUGCAUAGCUCCGACAUUGAUUCACUCCCAUUUCCUCAUACCAAAAAUAGCACUCGAAUAUUUCCACUCCGACUGUGAGCAAUCUCGCCUUGGGCUCAUGAAGACAGUGGGACCUGAAAACUUUUGAAGAUUCACACGCAAACACAGACACACAGACACACACCACACACAAAUCUGUUGCUGAAUUGUACAUUCCAAGUGCUUAGUACGGUGUUCUGCAUAUAGUAAGCACUCAAUAAAUACUAUUGAAUGAGUGAAUACACACACACCACACACAAAACCCCACCAAAAACUGAACAGCCAUAGCAGUUGGGAGAUAGAUUUGGUUUCACCCAAGCACAGAUAGGGAAAUGAAAAGCUCUACCCCUUUCCUUUUGCUCACCCAUGCCCAUUCGAAGGAGGCCAGCCUUUCCAUCAUACAUUCCCACCCCUCGUAAAACUCCUAAACAAUCAGUCGGUCAACAGUAUUGUUGAGCACCUUUCUGUGGGCAGAGCUCUGUGUAAAGCACUUGGGAGAGUAGAAUGCAGCGGGUAGACACGAUUCCCAUCCUCAAAUUGCUAAUAGUCUACUAUGUGCAGAGCACUGUACUAAACACUUGGGAGUCACGAUCCCAGCCCUCAAGGACCUUACAGUCUAGUCACUUAUUUAAAAAUUAAACUUAGAGGCAGACUUGUACAUGGUUAAGAAAUCUAUCAAGUCACCAAAAUCUCCCAGCUGUAUUUAGCUAAAUAGUCUUACUGUGUGCAGAGCCCUGUACUAAGCAUCUUCGGAGAAGAAGGAAGGUCUCUCAACUCGGCCGGACUCAAGGGAAAUAGUUCCGGGAACGACUGAGGCACAAGCUUGGACCGCGUUUAGGUGGGCUGCGACCACAUGAGAAGAGCCCGGGCCUGAGAGUCAGGAGGACCCGGAGUCCUGGGGAGUCCUGGCUCCACCACUGACCCGUUGGAUAACCUCGUGAGCAAGUGAGCCUCGGUCGCCUCAUCUGUAUAAUGGGGAUAAGGCUGACUGUGAAUCCUCUGUGGAUGGAGACUGUGUCCGAUCUUGUAACCGUUUACCUACACCCAAACUCAGCACUUUGUGAGAGCUUAGUACGUGCCGUAAUUGUAAUGAUUAUGUUAUCAUAAAAGGGAUGUGACGAAAUGCUUUGAGGACCACCUAAAGAAGAGGGGCUAACUCGUCUCUCUUCCUUUUCAUUAUACUGUGUUUACCCCA